AUGCUCAACCGCUUCAAUGUCACGACCACUGCUCCCACGCCCGCUGUCGUCGACGAUGACCUAGGGCCGAAGAGAGACGACGAGUCCUCGGUGGACAAGCCCGUGAGGGAAGCGAUCGGAUGCCUGAUGUGGUUGCUGUUCACGAGGUCGGACAUCGCGCUGCCUUUGAACAAGCUGCAGAAGAUCGCCCACUCACCCACCGAGAGGAUGUGGAACGCGCUUGUGCGGAUCAUGUCCUACCUCAACGAGACGAAGGACCUCGGGAUCACCUACGUCCGCGGAUCAGGGCUAGACCUAGACGUGUUCGUCGAUUCUAGUUACGCCGACAGUACCGUUGACAGGCGUUCGACGACGGGGCUAGCCGUGACUGUAGGUGGGACCGUAGUGUGCGCAUCCACGAAGACGCAGCCAGUGACGGCUCAGCCGACCACGGAGGCAGAGUAUAUUGCAGCCGGGGAGGGCGUGAAGGAAGCGUUGUUCGUGCGUGGUGUUCUGUCGUUCAUUGCGCCCGAGACGAGCGGUCCAGCGUUGGGGUUGGGAGUGGUAGUCCUGCAGGCGCAGGCUCAGGCCUGAACCCUAGAGCAACUGAUGUUAAUUGGGUUGGGAGUAGUGGUCCGUUAGACUCAAGCUUGAACCCUGAUGCAUCUACAAUAAAUCGUUCCAUUGUUGGUGCCGCAAACUUUGGUUCGAUCGGAAUUGGGAGUGGGGCACCAGGUAGCCAGUUUUUCAUUCCGCCCCCGUCUACUCCAUCGAGUGAGUGGUGGGGGCAUGCCGCCAGUGGAAACACACUGAUCCCUGGGGCCGGCAUUUCAGACACAGGCGAAAUGUUGGGUAGGAGCC